AUGCCGAGAGCGUUUUUGGUGAAGAAGAAGCGUGGAGCGUGCGGAGCCUGGCAGUGGAAAGAACCGGAAAAUGACAAUAUUAAAAAAGAUGAUUUAUCGGCUCCAGACUCGUCGCCGGAAGAGACGAGCAGUGGAUCAGAUAAUCAACAGGUUGCGUGCCCGGUCCCUCCUCAGGCAUGUGGAGCAGCAGCUGACAUCCGAGUCCCUAUGCCAGCGAUGUGUUCAGGGUCAGAGUCAGCGCGGGACUGGCCAACUCUCAUGCUGCGGAACUCCUACUACCACCCCACCGCUAUGGCCCUCAUCAGCAGAGCAAAGUCGCGCCCCCAUCACAGCUCGUCCAGCUCUGGAGACUUUGUGUGCCAGGUGUGUCACAAAGUGUUCCCUCUGCAGCGCAUGUUGACCCGCCACCUUAAGUGCCACAGCCUGGUGAAGAGGCACCCGUGUCGGUACUGCGGGAAGGGCUUCAACGACACCUUCGACCUCAAGAGGCACAUGCGCACUCACACAGGCAUCCGUCCGUACAAGUGCGAGCUGUGUGAGAAGGCCUUCACUCAGCGCUGCUCCCUGGAGUCCCACAUGAGGAAGAUCCACGGCGUGUUGCAGCAGUACGCCUACCGCCAGCGCCGCUCCAAGAUCUUCGUGUGCGAGGACUGCGGCUUCACGUCCAGCCGCCCGGACGAGUACUUCCUCCACGUGCGCCAGUGCCACCCCGGGAGCCCUGCCCUGAGGCGCUACUACCGGCGCCAGGCCCAGGACGGCAGCAGCUACGGGCCCACGGAACGCAAGAUCAACCCCUACCUUCUCUAUUCCAAUCAGUACUAUGUGUAA